AUGGCCAGGAUUCCAAAUCUAGAUGUUGUAGUCCAACAACUAAACCUCCCUUACGGUCCUCCACCAGGAUUGGCAUGGCCAUAUCAAGAGAACCAUCUCAUCGCACAGAUAGCUGGAAUACCGGGGCAUGGAGAGAUCCAAGCUAGACAGAGGGGAGGAGCCCCUCCCGUCCAGGAGCAUGAGGUUCCAGUCCGGCCAGAAGGUCCUGCACCAGUUCAGCACCAGCUGUGUUGCCCUACAAACCCAGAAGGAUGGAUCCCAAUCCAUUCCCUCCACCGGCAAAAGGCAGAAGAGGCAGAGGGGGAAUCAACCCCUUUGCCAACAAUGACAGGAAUAGACCGGGGUCAAACUAGAGGAAUCAUCCAGAUCUUAAAGAAGAUGAAGAACACAGGGAGGAAGUUCUGCCCAGGCCAUACAGAAUGGAGCACAGGAUUGACCACGCCUAAUUAG